CAUCAAUUUCUUUUAUCCAAGAAAAUAUAUUCCAUUUACCUAAUGGCUAAUUCUAACGGACUAAUUACUGUAAGUUCAUGUCAACCAUAUUCGUGGAUAAUUGAUCGGCGAUUGUUUUGGCCCAAUAACAACAACACUUCCAAGUAAAAAAAAACAUGAACAGUUACAAAAAUAAAAACCAUGAAUAUUUAGGUUGAGAUGAACCUCCAAUCAUUACUCAUUAGGUUAAACACCAUUCCCUUUUAAAAAUUCCAUUAUUUCUGUCCUUUUUUUCCAUUUUUCUUGUAUUUUGGUUUGUCUUCUUGAUGUUACAUUCUGAUCACAUUCAUGAGAUAGAAACAAGAUCACAUUCUGCAAGUCAACCAAAUAAAUCCUCUGAAAAGUUUAUCCUCUUGUAAUAACUUAAUUAUCAAACAAAACUCUGUAAAACUGCCAUUAAAUUUCGAUUAACCAUUUAAAACGUCUGUAGAUAAAAAAAUUCUUACGUUGGUAUGGGGAAAAUGAGGUGGCAAUGCAUUGGUUUGUUGAUUAAUGACGAGACAUUGCCAAACAAGUCUCCCAAAUCCACAAAACCUAACCCACUCUUUGCUUACAGACCCCAAUCAGUUAUGUCCUGACUCCACCAUCUCUAUCUCAUGAAUUUUAAAUUUUUGAAAGAAAAAAAACAAAUGAAAAUAUUGGAACUCGAACAAUCAUUUCUUGAAAUAUGUAACUGCUCCUCCUAUCUUUAAAAUAACUGUAGUCACCGGUUUGGGUAAUUCUUACCCCAAAAAAAUAGCAACAUGGAGUAUGUAGAAGCAUUCCUCAGUGAUUUCUCCGUCGAUGACCUUCUUGACUUGUCUAGCACGGACGCUUUCGUACGAGAGAAGUCUUCUUCUUCACCAAGAGAAGAAGAACGUGAGAAAGCUAACAGCUCUUCCGACCAAAUCACCCUUCUUUCACCUCUCGAAGAUAUCUUAUCUCUUCCCGGCUCUGACUCUAAGCUCAACGUUCCAGUUGGUGAUUUUGAAGACCUAGAAUGGCUUUCCAAUUUCGUAGAUGAUUCUUUUCCGGAGUCUUAUCUUUACGGUGACUUUCAGGUGAAUCCAGUUGAGACAGUGGAGGUUCAGAGGCAGUGCAUUCCGGUUAAACCCCGAAGCAAACGCCGUCGUACCAAUGGCCAUCUAUGGUCCCUGGAGUCACCCUAUUCCUUCGGAAAGAAGAAGAGAGGGAGACCGAAGGCAGAGACGUCGUCCGGGGACGGUAUCCAGCAGCAGACGAGGCGGUGCUGCAGCCAUUGUGGGGUCCAGAAAACGCCUCAGUGGAGGAUGGGUCCGUUAGGUGCGAAGACGCUGUGUAAUGCGUGUGGGGUCCGGUUUAAGUCGGGUAGGCUUUUACCCGAGUAUAGACCGGCUUGUAGCCCGACGUUUUCGACUGAGAUUCACUCUAACUCACACAGAAAAGUGUUGGAGCUGCGACUGACGAAAACGGCGGAUCAGGGUCAGGGUUAACCUGUUGUAACCUAUGUUUCUAGUUUACUAGUUUCAUAUUGUUAUUCAUAUGCAUAAUGUUAUUUUUUUUUAGAUAGACUACAUCAGUAAGUUAUGAUAAGAUAAUCAGAGAGAUGGUAGGUUGUUCCAUAUUCAUGAGUUUGAGCUAUGAUUAGAGAUAUUUGGUUUAUUGAACUUGUGAUUUAAAAUAAAAACUAUGGUCGUUUGGAACUAA